GUCUGGGUUCAACAACUCCGACUGCUACAUGUGGCUUGGCCUAGAGAAGAUACACGCUCUGACCAGUGUCCGAUCUUAUGACCUUUACGUGUCCUUGAAGAAAUUUGAUACCACUCCCGGUCAAGUGUCUUACAGCGCCUUCUCUGUCGGUGACGAGGCCUCGGAGUAUCAACUGUCGGUCUCAGGGUUCACUGGGGAUGGCGUUUUUGGAGACCGCUUCAACCUCGGGGACCCAGCUAGAACCCUGGAUGGGAGUCACUUCUGUGCCAAGGACCACUGCAACAAUUCAGUCUACCCGUGUGCCGAGUGGCAUAGAGGAGCCUGGUGGAGCAUGCUGGAUGACUGUCAGACGAAUCCUCACCACAGAUAUGAAAUUGCCUGGGUUCUUGCUGAUAACGUUAGCACUGAAGAUUGCAAAAGUAUCUACAUGGUCAUAGUGCCCGUCUAACUCACUGUUCUCUUCCAACGACGGCAUAGUGUCGAUGUACAUGGUUUCCCUGCUUCAUGCUUUCCUAGUCACUG